AUGGCCAUAACCUUGUCACACGAAAUUGUUCGAUCCGAUUGCGGUCUUACGAAGGAUGACUGUCUGCCAUAGCCGCGCCUAAUCAAACUCAUAGCUAAUUAGUGGGACUUUCAUGGCCUAAAAAUAUUGCUAUUGAAUACACGAAGACCUCUAACAUACUUAAGGCGAUAUACGAUGCUAUAUCAACAUUGAGAGAGAUUAUGGAUACCGAAGACCAUAAUUAUUGCUUUUUGGACAUCCUCGAGAAUCUGGAGUGUAUUGAAGUCCCUGUGGGAAUUUUAAAGGUCAAGGAAUCGCGUGUGAAAGGCCCGUAA